UUGAUGCAAGGAAUUCAACUGGAUUCAUUGUCGUUGAUUGGUAUAUUCUUUCGCAGCGACAUGGUUGGUGUAAGCAUUCUAUUCAAGAAUUGGAUUUGGAACCAAUCUUUGGAAGACAUGUUGCGGACGAACAAGUCUUUGCU